GAAACUUAAAUCCACUUCCGAAUGAUCACCGUAGAUUUUUUUCGAUGCUCUCUUAGCUUGCUCAAUUCUAUUGGUCUCGUUUGUGCCACCCAUAUAGCCGAUUGUCGAAUUGAGAAGAUUUCGAUAGUUGGCUGACUUAUAACGAAAGUGUUUUUUGAGGGUAUCGAACAAGGAAGUGACGUCCUGCGGUUUGGCUGCUGCUGUUGUUGUUGUUUUUGUACAUUCAUUUGUUUCUGAGCUAAUGGUGCGUUAUGCAUAUUUUGUCUGUAUCCCCCACCGCCCCUCAGAGUGCCUCGGAGUUGCUUGCGUGGGAGUCAUGGCCCCUGCGACGUCGCGAUCCACCCGCAAACUGCGCUUGUGGAUGGUGAAACAGGUGAGCAGUGGUCAAUUUCCGGGUCUGAAAUGGGAGGAUGAGGCCAAAACCAUGUUCCGCAUCCCCUGGAAACAUGCCGGCAAGCAAGACUUUCGCAAGGAUGAGGAUGCCGCCAUCUUCAAGGCAUGGGCCGAGUUCAAGGGCAGGCUAAGCGAUAACAACCCGGCCAGUUGGAAAACGCGUCUGCGCUGCGCCCUCAAAAAGAGCUCCGAGUUUUGCGAGGUUGUGGAGCGAGCUCAGCUGGACAUCUCGGAGCCGUACAAAGUCUACCGACUGGUACCGCCCGACGAGCAAGGAGCACCAAUUCCAGAGAGGAAAAGCGGCCGCAAAUGCAAGCGCAGGAGGAACAGCAGCAGCGACGUCACGGCCGAUGAAGACGUCCCUCACGUCAAGCACAUGAAGACGGCGGCGGAGGACGGCAAAAUUGACCCAAUCGCCGAAGACAUCGGGCUGCAGCCUGAGGAUCUCCUGGCAGAGCGGCACCCGGCACUGAUGGACAACCACUCAAUGGAAGCCCCGCUCAGCGAGAUCCAACUGGACGUGUGCAUCCAGGAGAGUGUCGUGCCUUCGCAGGAAGACUCGCUGCACGUGGCGGUGCACUACUUGGGCCAGAAAGUGCUGACGCGACACAUCCAGGGGGCCGACGUGCGGGUGCUGUACGUGUCGUCCUCCUCGCCUGCGCCGCCCACACCCGCCCCCGACGUCCGCUUCCCGCGCAUACACCUGCCGGAGCCGCCGCCUUCGGUGUCCGCCGAAAGGGCGGCGCUGCUCUCCCUGCUGCCCUUCAUGGAGAAGGGCAUAUUGCUCACGUCCACUAGCCAGGGCGUCUACGGCCGCCGCUUCUGCCGCGGCCGCGUGUUCUGGACGGGGCCUCAUGGCAGCUCGCCCACCUUAUCCAAGAUGGAGAGGAACUCGGAGUCCGUCCUGCUCUUCAGCAAAGAUGCCUUCAAGCGACAGCUGGACAACUUUUGUGUGAACGGCGGCGAGCCGCCACAAUGCAGCCUCACUCUCUGCUUCGGCGAAGAACUCAGCUGCACUGAAGAUCCGUCCGAAAAACUCAUCACCGUUCAGGUGACUUUGCCGUGGGCCGAGCAGCAAGUGCGGAGCGCUUGCUCCACGCUGGAGCCCUUCGACAUCCUGGAGUCUCCGCUGGAAGAGAUCACACUGAACUUGGUGGCUGAGCAGAGCGACGAGGCGGAGGCGGCGGCACCCUGACGGAACCUGGCGCCGGCCUCUUCCCCUAAUAGCACCGAAGUCACUUUCUUCGAUGGGCGGCCAUCCUUCCAUCAUGUUUGAACCGCUCGCCUGAAAAUCUUGAAUGGAACGACGUGGCACACACUACAAACGCCACAAGUUCAAGUCGCCAAUUCCCAUGGAAUGUCAAGGUCACAUCUUCAAUGGGACAGAAAAAAAAAAAAAAAAAACUCUUCAUUUCCAGAAUGGGAGUUUACAUUUUUGGAACACACAAAUCAAGCAGCAGAGGAGCAAAAAGUGCACGUAAAUAUUUGCACAGAGUUCAGCACUACGCACGAAUAGAAUAAUUAGGACAAAUUUAAAACGCCGCUGACUGUUCUUUUGAUUUGCAAGUGUUCUUUUAAAAACAAUAUUUCUGGCGUUUACGUUGCGCUCGCAUCGGCAUAAAUUUGAUGUGUCACAAUUGUAUUUAUUUCUAUGUCCUACUGGAACACCCGUGAACAAACAAAAUGUGUAUUGUGCUAUUUACAUUUUUUUUAGGCGAACGUAAGCCAAGGAUAAAAACCACAUAGUGAACCGUGCAUGCUUGAAUUCACAAAUUAAUUGUAGUUUUUUUACUUGUAACUUAGUCACUGUUUUUGUGUAUGCAGUAUUAAUGAACUAUGUUGAUGUGAUUUUACUGUCUUUUACACAAAAGUAGUGCUAUGCUGCUAUCUUCUGGCACCUGAAUCAACUGGUUUUUUUUUUUAAUCAAAACCAAAGACGUGUUCACUUAUUUUUAUUAAACAUGCUCACUGAAA